AUGAAGCGGCAGAACCUCCGCACGGUCUCCCUCAUCGUCUGCGUUUUCUCCUAUCUGCUGGUGGGCGCCGCCGUCUUCGAUGCGCUCGAGGCCGAGGCCGAGGUCGGCCACAAGCGCCUCCUGGAGCAGAAGCGCAGCGACCUCCGAAAGAAGUACCGCUUCUCGGCGGAAGACUACCGGGAGUUUGAGCGGCUGGUCCUGCGGGCCGAGCCUCACCGAGCCGGCCGUCAGUGGAGGUUCGCCGGCUCCUUUUACUUUGCCAUCACGGUGAUCACCACCAUCGGCUAUGGGCAUGCGGCUCCUGGAACUGAUGCUGGCAAAGUGUUUUGCAUGUUCUAUGCCAUCCUUGGCAUCCCGCUCACUCUGGUGAUGUUCCAGAGCCUUGGGGAGCGCAUGAAUAUUCUUGUUCGGAUGGUGCUAAAAAAAAUAAAGCAGUGCCUGGGAAUGAGGCAGACAACAGUCUCCAUGAAAAACAUGGUUGUAGUUGGUUUUCUCUCAUGUAUGGGGACCUUAGGUAUCGGGGCAGCUGCCUUUUCCUAUUUUGAAGGCUGGACUUUCUUCCAUGCCUUUUACUACUGCUUCAUAACGUUGACCACCAUUGGAUUUGGAGACUUUGUCGCCCUGCAGAAACACGAAGCUUUGCAGAAGAAGCCUCCCUACGUAGCGUUCAGCUUUAUGUACAUCUUAGUGGGCUUGACAGUGAUUGGGGCCUUUCUUAACUUGGUGGUCUUCAGAUUUUUGAUCAUGAACUCAGAAGAUGAGCGUCGGGAUGAAGAAGAGAAGGCCUCUUUAAGGAGAGCCAGAAAUUACAUCAACUUGAAACCCAGGGAAGAUAGCAGGAGUACAAACGAGAUCUUGCUCCCUGUAGAAGACAGGACCAGUCAGAUGAACCUCAUCCCAUUGAUCCAGGAUGAUGCUGAGCACCAGAGAAGCAAACCUUUGGUUUCUACCACAAAAGUCCCUUCCUUUUGUACGUGCCUAUGUUACAGGCCACAGAUGAGCAGAAGCCCAGAUCCGCCCCAUUCUGAACCUUUCAAUUGCCAUACAAAUCUGGUUUAUUACAACUCAAUUUCUUACAAAAUCAUGGAAGUCUCCCUAGGUGGUAAGGAUCACACUGGCCUGUCUUCUCCUGGCAGUACUUUGUCAUCUGAUAGUCCCAGUUGCCGAGGGCACUCCAGAGUCCGGAGAAAGUCUAUUUGAAAGCAUGCAUGCUCUUUCGAACUUUUUUUUUUAAAAAAAUUUUCUUGGGCCUUUGUCCUGCUACUGAACAGUGUUUUUUGACGAUAAAUGGUGAACUGAAUUGUCAGAUAGUGGUGGAGUGCCCUCCUUUCUUUCUUCUUCCCCCUUUUCUUUGCAGGCACAUGCUGAAAUGUCUACCCAUGUAUAUUGCAUUCCUGCUAAGCCUGUGCAAUGCUGCCUGAGCAAUGCCCUUUGAAAAUUAAUGCUGAAUAAUAGUUCUCCCAUCAACAUAUGUCACAACGUUUGCAUUCAAAGCCGAGGUUAAAUGGAUUUAAGUACUAAAACCCCACAGUGCCUCUGAGUUGCCAUAACAUCUGUGGAGAUGUCUAAUUAUUCCUUUGCAGUAAAUAUACAGAUAAUACUCAG